AUGGAUGAGCAUCAGAAGAAACUCAAUCAAAGGCAUGAGGGAAGACCCCGCAAAGUGAGGUUCAAAAUAUCCUCAGCCUACAGUGGUCGAGUGCUAAAACAAGUCUAUGAAGAUGGCCAGGAACUUGAACCUCCAGCGAAAGAGUGCUCUCGGCGUUUUAUUCGCCACAGUUUUGAGCCAGAGGACCGUUUCUGUGGGGCUGGGGAAACACCAGAACACAGGUUUUCCUCACCAGCCAAGCUGACUGCUCAAAGGAUCAGUAUAUUCAAAGAGGAUCAGAAAUACAAUCUCACAAGUAACUCUCCUCUCUUCAAUGACUACCAGUCAAAUACUCAUAAAGUCCUUCUAUAGACUUCCCCAAUUCUAGAUUUUGGCAAGAUCAUCAUCUACACUAAUAACCUGAAAAUCAUCCGGGCACCAAUGGACCAGAAAGAGCUCAUGAGAAGAAUCAUCCAGACUGAGGGAAUAAAUGACUGGGCCUUCAAAUACCGGGAAAGGAAAGAAAAGUUUAGUGAUGGACACAGAAAAGAUGUGGAAAAAAAGGUUGCCUGCAACCAGUAUGUGCAGAAAGGAGAGGCUGAACGCAGUUGUUCCCAGUGUAAAGGAUCAGGCUCUGCUCCUUGCUCGCUGUGCCAUGGAAGCAAGUUUUCAAUGCUGGCGAACAGAUUUAGAGAGUCCUACAGGGCUCUCCGAUGUCCUGCUUGCAAUGAAAGCGGCCUGCAGCCCUGCCAGAUCUGUGCUGCAUAAUCAGAUCUACCAUCCCUUCAGCAAGCUACAAGUACCGCAUCAAUAUUUCGCUGAAAACUGAAUUAUUUAGUCUUCAAGCAGCCUUGUUAUAACGGCAAGCUUUUAGGAGAUGGGAAGGACGCACUGUCGUCCCCGAGCAUAGAUGUGAGCAUUGCACCUCUGCUGCUAACUGCUCUUUCCGGCCGUUGCACACAUCGCUUUAACUGUCUAACUAGCGCAGACCCCCUGUUUCACAAACACGUGCCGUAUUCAGCACUGCACCGGGGAACACUUCCCCUGAAGCUGAAGGAAGCUAUCUGUAUGCAAAAGCUGAGCACUUGUGUCGAU